CGGUCAGAAAACUGAAAACAUCGAGUUUACUUUUCAGUUAUCACCCUGCCACACGGUCAACAGAAAAAGCAUGCUCAGCGUAUUGCUAGUAGGUGGAGGUGGAGCUCCUCGUUUUCUGAGUUCCCUCAGCCUCUCUCUCUGCAAAUCUAACAAACUUUUGCUGUCUACCAGAGCUACUGCACCGAUGGCCACUGUCGAGGAGUUCGUCAAGGGCAACGUUCAUCCCAACGGCGUCGCCGUGAUCACCCUUAAUCGCCCCAAAGCUCUCAACGCCAUGAACCUAGAUAUGGACAUAAAGUAUAAAAGUUAUUUGGACGAGUGGGAAUCGGAUCCAAGUGUCAAAUGUGUUUUAAUUGAUAGCAGCUCAUCUCGUGCCUUUUCUGCAGGAAUAGAUAUCAAAGGGGUUGUUACUGAUAUUCAAAAUGACAAAAGAACCCCUUUAGUCAAGAAAAUUUUCUCUGCUGAGUAUUCUUUGAUAUGCAAAAUUUCUCAGUACAAGAAACCAUAUAUAAGUCUCAUGGAUGGAAUCACAAUGGGUUUUGGAAUUGGACUAUCUGGUCAUGGCCGCUAUCGUGUUGUAACAGAGAGGACCGUUCUUGCAAUGCCAGAAAAUGGAAUUGGUUUGUUUCCAGAUGUAGGCUUUUCGUAUAUAGCAGCACAAAGUCCAGGAGAAGGAUCUGUUGGUGCUUUUCUUGGGUUAACCGGAAAAAGGAUUUCCACUCCUUCAGAUGCAAUAUAUGUUGGCCUUGGAACUCAUUAUGUACCAUCUAAAAAAUUAGGUCCGCUGAAGGAGGCCCUUUUAAAAACGAUCUUUUCACAUGAUCCGCGUCAGGACAUCAGAGUUCUUCUGGCAAAAUAUGAGUCUACUCCUGAGUCUGAAGCACAUUUGAAGUCGCUUUUACCUCAGAUUGUUUCAUCUUUUGGAGUAAAUAAAUCGGUUGUAGAGACAAUUAAAGACCUGGAAAAACACCAAUCUAGCACUGAUCCUACUGUUGUGGAGUGGGCUAAUGAAGCCCUUGAAGGUCUUGGAAAAGGUGCUCCUUUUUCACUUUGCUUGACACAAAACUACUUCUCUAGAGUUGUCUCUGCCAAGGGAAAAACUAACAAUGAAUUAUCCACGCUAUCUGGUGUAAUGAAAACUGAAUAUCGCAUUGCCUUGAAAUCUUCACUGCGACAUGACUUUGCGGAAGGUGUCAGAGCUUUACUCGUAGACAAGGAUCAGAAUCCCAAGUGGAAACCAUCAAGCUUGGAGGAAGUUGAGCAGCGUGAAGUGGAAUCUGUCUUUGUACCAUUAGGACCAGAAAUUGGGGAGCUCAGUGUGGCUUAGAAGGAAGUUUUACUUACCUACCGAUUCAUCAAACAUGGUAUUUUAGAUUAAGACAGCAAAUAAGCAGGUGCGUGUUGUUCCCCAUUUACAGUGGUAGAGUCGAUGAUUACUUUCCUGCAGAACCCCAAGUAGAAACCACAGAGCUUUUACUGGGGAGUUAAGUGUAAUAAUUUAGGAGGAAGCCUCACUCUUCCGUUAUAUUCAACAAACAUCGGAUUUUACAUACGUCAGCAAAUAGGCAGAAUAUGGUGUCAUCCUACAUGUGCAGCUCUGGCAAAUGAUUGUAAUAUGGAAGGUUUUAAAUGAUAUAAAGCUGACGUUUUAAAAGACAUUA